AUGACUUUGAUUUCAGUUUUAUCUCUUGAACCAUAUACACGCGCCAGAUCCACAACAGAACCACGUAUAUAUCACGAAGAAUGUCUGAGAUUAGAAAAGUUAUACUUCACAAAGUGGGCAGUACAUUAUCUAUCAAAAAAUGCAGCAACUGAUAUCACUCUGUUGCAAAGUUAUAAAAAUGAAUAUGAAGAGGCCAAGAAGGGAGAUAAAAAUGCUGACCGCCGGAGAGACUGGAAUGGAAUAUUACGAUCACGUAUUUCUAAGAAGUGGAAAGAGAGAGAACUUCUUGAUGACGUCGAAAGUGCUUACAUCGCUGAAACGCGCACAAAAGUGAAUGUGAAUAAAGACAUUGUCAAAGAAUUAGAAUCGAAGGCGAUACAAGCAACAAAUGAACACAUGGAUAAUAGAGAUGAUAAGUCACUUGAAGAACAAUAUUAUGAAGCCUAUUCAACACUAGCCAAAGAAUUACGUAAUCAUAUUUACAUAUUGUAUGAUAGUUUAUAUCAUUUAACUGUAAAACUGCAAGCUUCAUAA